GGAGAAGAGCAGAAAAGAUAACCGCAUUUGGAAUUGAAAUCCACCCCACUGGGAAAUGUAAGAGAAUUUGAAGUGCUGAUCGUACAGUAUGAUAAGGAAAUUAAGCGAGAAUGGUCAUGGUUAUGGCUAUGCCUAUGCGAAACAAGAGCUUGUUUAAGUUUUAAGUAACUUUAAUGGAAUUAGCCAACCAAAUUAUGAGCGAUGCUACUGCUUCCUCUUUCACAAUUUCUAAAACCCACCAAGAACCCUAAUCCCUACGUCAUUGGAAAAUGCGUUUCCACAUGGGCUUCAGCUAUCAAGAAUGCCUCUUCCCCACACAAAGCCCUCGACCUCUACUCUUCAAUGCACCGCAACUCCAUCCCUGUUGAUAGCUUCUCUAUUCUCUUUACCCUUAAAUCAUGCACCCGUUUGCAGAAUCUCACUGUCAUUAAUCAUUUACAUUCGCAUGUAAUCAAAUUGGGAUUCAUUACCCAUGUCUAUGUAGCCACUUCUCUUCUUAAUGCGUAUGUGGUCACAUCCUUUAGUAAUGCAUGUCAGUUGUUCGACGAAUUGCCUGAAAGAAAUACUGUUACGUGGAGCACUAUGAUUACUGGGUAUUCAAGGUCAGGAAACAUCAAUCAAGCACGUGCCUUUUUUGAUGAAAUGCCUUUGAGGGAUGUAAGUUGUUGGUCUGCCAUGAUUUCGGCUUAUAUUAACCACGGGUGUUCGAAUAAAGGGUUAUUGCUAUUUCGAGAAAUGAUGGCUCGAGGGGAGACAAAACCAGACCAAGUGGCCAUUGGAACUGUUUUAUCUUGUUGCGUAAACAUGGGUUCUCUUGGGUUGUUGAUUGGAAAAUCACUUCAUGGCUUUACAGUAACGAAUGGAUGGGAGCUCAAUGUGGAAAUUGGUACAAUUCUUGUUGACUUGUAUGCAAAAUAUGGAUUCUUGAAGAAUGCUUUACAGGUUUUCGAUUUCAUGCAAGAAAGAAAUGUCAAGACGUGGACUGCAUUGAUAUGUGGGGCAGCACAACAUGGGUUUAGUCAAGAAGCAUUGUCCUUGUUUAAGAUGAUGCAAGAGGCAGGCAUUAGACCUAAUGAGCUGACUUUUACAGGUAUUCUUAAUGCGUGUGUUCAUUCGGGGUUGGUUGAAGAAGGUGGAAAGUAUUUCAGGAUGAUUGAAGAGUAUGGUUUGGAGGUUAAAAUUCAGCAUUACGGAUGCAUGGUUGAUUUGUUUGGUAAGGCAGGAUUAUUAGAAGAAGCUUUUGAGGUUAUUAAGACAAUGAAAUUUGAGGCUAAUAUUGUUAUAUGGGGCUCCUUUUUGUCAGCCUGCAAAGAGCAUAAGCAAUUCGACCUGGCUGAGAGAACGAUUGAUCGAGUCUUGAGGAUAAUCAAGCCAGAAAAUGGAGGCAUUUAUACUCUUAUAUGUACUUUAUAUGCUUUAAACGGGAAAUGGGAUGAUGCAGAAAGGGUUAGGAAAUUAAUGCUUGACCAGAAUGUGAGAAAAGCUAGGGGCUCGAGUUUUAUCAGAAAAGGAUUAUAAAAGGAUUCCAUCUUACAUCUUCCCGGCCCAGUAACUUGCGAAGACUAAGGAACUAGUUGCCUGAUGAUUCUUAGCUUCUAAUGGUUACUUAUCGCUUUUCUGUGGUGAGAAUCGUAAAUUCCCAACUCUCUAAGACUUUCAAACUGUCAAAUUUCUUGUGAUUCAGGUUAUACCCUGUAAUGUUUAAACUGAUUUGGUUUCUAAUAGAUAUGAUUUCUAUUGGCAUGGAUGAUUAGUUUUUUGGAAUCAAUUUCAAUGUUCAAUGUUCAAUGAAAACAUAUAAACCUUUGAUCAAAA